CCUUUGAAUGGAGACGUUGCCGGGUGAAAGUAACUGGGGUGUUGAGCGGAAGUGCCGUCGCUCCCUUUGGUGCGGAUUUGGUGUGGAGGUUUGAAUUACGAGCAGGAGAGCUCAGAUUGCAAUUUUCUAUUCCUAUCCUUGGGAAUAUGGGUGUUACUAAGCUCACGGGAGCUUUCUUUGAGUAACUAUAAAAGUUGCACUGAAUGCUGGUCGCGGGUGGAUUUUCUUUUAGCGUUCUCCCUUAGCUUUUGAAAUAGCCCCAUACCCCCCAUUCCCUUUCCUUGCGGAAUUACUGGUUUUGAAUAGUUGCUUCGGCGAGCAGAAGUUAAGCCGUUGAAACCAAAUUUAGAUGGAGUUUAAAAUUGAACAUACAUGGAACAGCCUUCCAGUGUCCCAUGAUCCAAUAAUAAUCAGCCUGAGUCCAGAAAAUACAGGAAUACUGAUGGAAUUGAAUGCUCCAUUUUUCAAUGAUCCUCCAGCCCCUCCUGGUGAACCAGGAAAACCAUUCAAUGGAUUAUGGGUCUAUGAGGUUGUAGAAGCCUUCUUCUUGAAUUACCAAACCCAGCAAUACCUGGAAGUAGAGCUCUGCCCGCAUGGCCAACAUCUUGUAUUAUUCCUUUGUGGCAAACGGAAUAUCUGCAGAAAAGAGCUUCCUUUAAUAUUUGAAGUUUCAAAAACAACUACCAAAUGGAGGGGCCGUGCUCAUUUGCCUUGGAAUUUUUUUCCUCCCAACACUGAUAGAUUUAAUGCAUUUGCAAUUCAUGGAACAGAUGUGAAUAGAACAUAUGAAGCACUCUAUCCUAUUCCCCAUAAUGAAGUUCACAAUAACCAGAAACCUGAUUUUCAUCGUCUGGAAUAUUUUAAAAAAUUCAGUUUCAAACAAUUAAUGGGAGAAGAUUGGAAACAGAUUGAAUCAGACAUGUGGAAAUCAUGCAUUAGAUGAAAAAUACAAGAAUAUCAUGAGGAUUUGGCUGAACAAUUUUUGUGGGCAGGGAUCUUUCUUUUUAGGACUGCAGGUGAGCUUUCGUUUGAAAAAAUAGGGACAUUUAUCAAAUUAGAAUUAUUCCUACUGAAUUUUAUGGACAAGGAAUUAGAAAAGAAUUUGGAAAAUAUUAUAAUUGUUGUAAGAUUAUUCUAUAAAAAAUGGAAAUACGAUGAAAAACAUUCAGCAGAAGACUGACAUAAAAAUAACUGAACCUGCAGAAAUGAUGAAGCUGAUCAGUUUGAUGAGAGAAAAAGAAAGGGAAUCUUCUUUUUUGAAACACUGGAAACCUUAUAUAAACUUUUUGCUGAAAAAAAAAUAAAUCAAUGAUUUCAGGAUAAAAAGGGAGAAAGUGGAUAAAAAUAUUACUUGAUAGAAAGGUACAAUUGUAUGUUUUCUUCUUUCAUUUCCUGAAAUUUUCUCUUUUCCUUACUAUCGUGUAUAUUUUUACUUUUAUUACAUUGAAAUAUAUGUGUGUAUGUAUGCACAUGCAUGCAUGGACACUUAACACAACUGAUUUACUUCUUUUAAGCUUUUUAUAAAAUGACAAGAUGACAAAUUAAGCUACUAUAACAGGCAGAGGUGAACUAAUUAUUAGUUACUAAUAAAAAUAAGGCAGGGGCAUUAGCCUCUAUUUCUAAUGCAGAUUAAGAUAGAUUAUUGGACACAGUUGAUUUUCUUAUAGUACUGGAAAGUCUAUAGUGGAUUAAAUGGAAGAGUCUUGGCAUCAGGAAAAUUUAUAGAUAAUGUUUAUGCAAUAUGUCUAUAUCUUUGUAAUAAAAUAAUUUUAUCAGUACCUGGAAUCAUGUAAAAGUUUUGCUUCCUUUCAUCUCUGCAUUUUA